ACAUCACCAGUCUCAAAGGGCGUGGGCAGCUUGUCGAUUAGGGUCGCUGCUCGGCCGCUGUUUGACAGGCGGCCAAGGGUGUGGCUUGCGUGGGCGGAGCCAUCGUCGUGGUCGACCUUUGAGACCGGUCGCACAAUCAUGCUGAACUCGGUCCCCGGUAGCAACAUUUGCAUCCCUUGGUGGCGGGCAGACGCUCUUUUGAUCCUGCGUGCGGUCGGCGGCAUUGCGACAACCCCAGCAAGGCUGCUGCAUGUGGGCCUGGUGUCUACGGUCAGUCACCUGCGGCAAACCCCUGGGACUAGGUAUCAUUGCAUUCCCCCCAACCUGGCUCACAUCCGGAUCGACAACUUGUAUCUGGCCUCACUCUGUGCCCUUCAUAUGCUGUCAAGGUUGUGGAAGAUACAAAGAGUGGAGUGUACCGACCAUUCAUCCCUCAUCCCUACACGCUUGGCAGAUCAUACCCAUUGUACUGACAUGUCCACUCUUCCUCCCCACAUUCCCUUUUGGGACUCGCUGUUCCUCAUCCAGCGACUUCUUCUACUACAUUUGAAGCCCUUGAACGAAAAUGUGGCUUAA